UAGCGCUUUCAUUUGUUUGUAGAUUUGCUCUCGUGUUUCCUUCUUUCCUGUCUUGUAUGUUUUUUGUCUGUUAGCUACUUUUUGCUUGUGUUUGUUUGUAGAUGUGUUCUCGUUUCGUUUGUUUUGUUACUUUGCGCUUGUGGUGUUGAUUUGUUUGUGGCUUAUUUGCACAUGUAAGCGUGCCGCGUGUAGUUUUGCGCUUCAUUGAGUUUUAACUGAUUUGAGCUUGUUAUCCUUUUUUUGUGUAUUGUUUGGUUUGCAGGUGUAUUUGUGCAUGCGCGCGUUUGCUGAUGUAUCUCGUCUUUGUGUCCCUGUGUUCUUUGUUUAUUUGUGCUGGACAGUGUUUGUUUACUUACAGUUCAUGUUUGUAAGCGUCUGUAGUUGAUUCGUGCAUGUUUGCUAUCUCUAUUGUGAUUCACAUCUCUCGUUUCGUUUGUUGCGUGUGUGUGUGUGUGUGUUCUUUGCACAUUUAUUUAUGUCUGUCGUUGUUUUGUUUGUUUGUUGCUUGGGACUGGUGUAAAUUGUAUGCAGUGUUUGUAUGGGUGUGCACACUUUCUCAUGGUUGUUUGUUUGUGUUGAUUUUGCAUCAGUGUUUUCUUUUGCACUUGUUUAUCUCCGUUCACGCACACGAGAGAUUAAAGUCAUUUGUGGCCAGUUGAUGUUUUUUGUGUCUGAAAACACCGAUGUCUGUCGCCUGCUAUUUUUGCGACUCGUGGUUUCAUCGCGUGCCAGCGGCAACUUUUCGUGACCGCUUGACCCUGACAGAUCAAAACAGCACCGAUGCCAACCCACACCGAGAGGAAGUGAAACCAUCCCAGUGAUAUUUAGAGAAGAUCUCCUUCGUCUUAUUUCCCAGACGUCAUUACCUACUUGUGUCUUAUCGAACGAGUCUCUUCAUUGUAAUACAAUCUUUCUCUGAUUCCUAUUUUUUGAGGGUUUUUUUUUAACGCUACAGUCUCAGCGGCGCCUCCCUGCAGAUGUCUUACGCUGGAGCACUGAGGAAGCAAGAAGGAAAGAAAUAGAUAUACAAGAAGGGUUUGAGCUAUAGACCAGAGCGAUGUUGGCCCCUGAACAGGAGCCGCUGAGCUCCUCCAAACCCAUCAAAUACGGAGAGCUCAUCGUCCUCGGCUACAACGGCUCCCUACCGAACGGAGACCGGGGCAGAAGAAGGAGCCGUUUCGCUCUCUUUAAGAGACCCAAAGCCAACGGCGUCAAACCCAGCACCGUCCACAGCACAUGCAGUCCGCAGACCGCCAAGGCCAUCAGCAACAAAAACCAGCACAGUGUGUCGUACACGCUCUCCAGGGCGCAGACGGUGGUCGUGGAGUACGCACACGACAGCACCACCGACAUGUUUCAGAUCGGCCGGUCCACCGAAAGCCCCAUUGACUUCGUGGUGAUGGACACGGUGCCUGGUUGUCACGGCAGAGGCGACACGCUGUCGUCUCAGAGCACUAUAUCGCGCUUCGCGUGCCGGAUCGUGUGUCAGAGAGCGCCGCCCUACACCGCGCGCAUCUACGCCGCCGGCUUCGACUCGUCCAAAAGCAUCUUCCUAGGGGAGAAAGCGGCGAAAUGGUGGUGCGCCGACAGCCAGAUGGACGGCCUGACCACUAACGGCAUAUUAGUGAUGCGACCCCGGCACGGCUUCACCUGCGAGUCCAAACCCGGCUCCUGGAGAGAGAUCUCCGUCUGCGGCAACGUCUUCACGCUCCGGGAGACCCGCUCCGCUCAGAAACCCGGAAAACUGGUGGAGAAUGAGUGUCACGAGCUGGUGGACGGCACUUUCCUCGACCUGUGCGGCGCGACGCUGCUGUGGCGAUCGGCCGAGGGCCUGUCCCGCACGCCCACCCCCAAACACCUGGAGCUGCUGCGGCGGGAGCUGAACGCGGCGCGGCCCCAGUGUCCCGUGGGCUUGCACACCCUGGCCUUCCCCAGCCUGGAGCGCUCGUCCAGCCCCGAGCAGCAGCCCUGGGCCUACCUGAGCUGCGGGCACGUGCACGGACAGCACUGCUGGAGGGGCUCGGCCGAGGAGGACGGCUCGCGGAGCGGAGAGGAGCUGGGGCUGGAGCCGGGCGAGCGCGAGUGCCCUCUGUGCCGCUCGCGGGGCCUGUACGUGCCGCUGAAGCUGGGCCGCGAGUCGGCCUUGUACCUGGACGCCGCUCCGCCGACGCACGCCCUCAACCCCUGCGGUCACGUGUGCUCGGAGCGCACCGCCGCCUUCUGGAGCAGACUGCUGCUGCCUCACGGAGCCCACGGCUUCAGCCCCGCCUGCCCCUUCUGCAUGCGGCCCCUCGCCCGCCACCGGAGGAGCGUGCGGCUCAUCUUCCAGGGGCCGCUGGACUGAGUGUGUGCGGCCGGGUCCCAGUAACCUGCUACACCCCUGAAGGCGCAGUCUGCCCAAAAGUGACCAUCUAGACCGUGCUUUAUUCACCCUCGAGAUCCUAGAUGUAUAUGAGACGAAUCUGAGUUAUAUGUGGAGCACAAAACCGGUCUUAAAGGAAUAGUUCACCCUUUUACGAGUAUUUCCAAGCUCAUUUCGGGUGAACUAUUUCUUUAAGUAGUUUGGGUAUAUUUGAAGAAAUAGCCAACAAUAUAUUUUAUGAGCCAAAAUGAUAAAUCAUUAGGAUACUAAGU